AUGGAGUCGAAGAAAGGCAUGUUUACGGUAGAUUACCUGGUCAGCAAGGACGAGGAGAGAGAACAGGUGAGUAGAUGAGUUCAUAGGGUUGUAAUUAAUAUGUAGUUUACAAUACAAAACAUUUAUAUUUUCUGUCAUCCAUUUUUACCUAUUUUUUGGCAAUUUUUGCAAAAUGAUGUCAAAAAAACAUAUAAAAUGAAUGCGUCUCGUAUUUUAAAUGUUGUAAAAUUUAAUUUCACAUCUUUUCAAAAGAUAAUUCACAACUUUUCUUUUCAAAAUCAAAGAAAAAUCAAACUUUUUUCGAUAUCACCUAUUAGGUCGUCCUGAAAGUUCGUUCGUUUUUCAUUGCUUUGCUUUACAAGGAUUGUUUGUUGUUUGGCGAAGGGUAUAUAUUUAUUUGAUACAGCCAGUUUUGUAGAGGAGAAAAAGCUGCAUCAAAUACAUAUAUUCCAUUUGCCAAACGACAAACAAUCCUUGUAAAACAAAGCAAUGAAAAAACGAACGAACUUUCUGAACAACCUACCAGAUUUUCCCCUAAAUUCCUAAUUUUCCAGCCCGGUCCAAGUCUCGAACUUAUGCAGAAGCUUUUCCAACAACAAGAUCAACCUUCCAGCAGCAUCAUGAGCCCGCAAAAAUCUCCACAACCAAACGAAAAACAUAAAAAUGUGAGGAUUUGGGACCAAAAUUUUAUCUUUUUUUCAGUCGCCGAAUUCCGUGCGUUCGGCCAAACGUCGAGUCCAAUGCGUCAAGUGUUUGAAGACGUUCUGCGAUAAGGGCGCGCUGAAGAUCCACAACAGUGCGGUGCAUUUGCGGGAGAUGCACAAGUGCACCGUGCUGGGAUGCGAAAUGAUGUUUUCGUCGCGAAGGAGCAGGUAAAAUACGGCGUCUUUGGUUAGUAGAGGUUCUUAAGAGCAUAAUCAACAUUUCCAAGGGCUUUUUCCACAAGAUUUUUGAGAGAAAUUUUGAGCAAUCAUCAAAAAUGACCUUGUUUUAGCCCAAAUUUUCUUUUUUUAACCCAAACCCCAAUCACGUCAGCCCUCCUAAAUCACGUUUAGAAUACUAUUUUCAGCAACUGUAACGGAAAUAAACCAAUUUCCUUCGCCUUUGACAAGUUUUAUGACCUUAAUUUACACCCAAAUCACCCCUUUUCCCAAAAAACUUAUUUCUUUCUUUUUCAGGAACCGGCACUCGGCCAAUCCUAAUCCAAAACUCCAUUCGGGCUCGGCUUUGCACUCGCGGCUUCCGCUGUUCCGACGAGACUCCGGUCUUCAACUACCGAACACAUUCCAAUUCCCGAAAAUUCAUCCAUUAUUCAGUGGAAUUCAGCCGAACCCGAGCUUGAUCCAGAUGCAAUUGGGGCUGCUGAACUUUUUACAGGUACUGUCGGGUCUAUAAUUACAGUUAGUUACUUUUUAUGGGCACUGAAAAACAAUUUUUCUCAAAAUUUCCUCAAAUUUCUUCAAAAAAUAUAUUACACUUGAAAUUUCAGAACCAAUAUAAGCCAACAAAUCCCAUAAUGGUAUCCAAAUCGACUUGCAAUUAG